AUGGUUGACAACUGUUGUGCACCAGGUUGCCGAAACAGACGAGGGAAGAAGAAGGGAUGUUCAUUUUAUCGCAUCCCAAAAGAUGCAGCGAGGAGGGAAAUUUGGUUAAGUGCUAUUAAAAGAGCCAGGAGCCAACAGAACAACAGUGAAAGGUGGGACCCGCCGGCCGUUGGAUUUCGGUUGUGCAGCGAACACUUCAUAUCAGGGAGAAAGAGUGACAACCCUUUAAGUCCGGACUUUGUGCCAUCGCUUUUUAGCUAUCUUCCGUCUCCAGAGAAGAGGAGACGGAAAGCUAGACUGGAGGUGUUCAACAGGAGGCAGAAGGCGAAAUUGCAGAAAAUAGAGCAGGCAAAGCUAUGUGCAGAAGCCACCCGUCUAAGGGCAUCAACUGAUUGUCCCCAAAACAAUGCAGCAACAGAAGACCAAACCACAGAGCCCUCCAUCACAGAAGACCAAGUCAUAGAGCCCCCCAUCACAGAUCCUUUGGAAGACUCAGGUGAUGAAGAUCCUGUCCAGCCUGAUCCAGCAACACCACCAUGCACCUCUGAAACCUGUAGUAAGCGCAUCGAGUCUCUUGAGCUAGAAUGCCAAGCUCUAAGAACUGAAAAUAUGUUGUUAAGGGACAAAAUAAGUAGGAAGACCCUGACAGAGAUAAGUUUGCAAAAUGAUGAUAAAAAGGUGAAUGUCCUCACUGGGUUAGCAACCUAUACAUGUCUGAUGACCAUCUUUCAAUAUUUGACUCCAUUUCUCAAACUUAAGGCAUCGAUAACAUGUUUUCAACAAUACAUGUUGACUUUGAUGAAGCUGCGAAUGAACUUGACAUUUGACUUUUUAGGUUUUUAUUUUGGCAUUGACCCAACUACUGUCUCCAGACACUUCAAACACUGUGUUAAUUUGAUUUAUUGUAGACUGGUGCCAUGUCUAGUGGUGUGGCCUGAAAGAGAAUCUCUAAGAACAUCUCUUCCAUAUGUAUUUAGAAAUGGCGGCUACGGGAAGACUGUUUGUAUCAUAGAUUGUUUUGAAAUAUUUCUAGAGAAACCAAGUAGAUUGCGACCCAGUGCACUGCACAGUGUUACUCAAAAUACAAAUCACAUCACACCAUGAAAUAUUUAAUUGCCAUUUGCCCUCAAGGUACAAUUUCUUUCAUUUCUACUGGAUGGGGAGGUCGCACCAGUGAUAAGUUCAUUACAGAACACAGUACAUUUUUACCCAAUAUUCUCCCAGGAGAUGUUGUUUUGGCAGACAGGGGGUUUCUGGUGAAAGAGUCUGUUGAAAGGUGUCAGGCUGAAUUAAAAAUUCCAGCAUUUACUCGUGGGAAAGUACAGUUAGAUCCUGUUGACAUAGAGAAUACAAGAUCUCUAGCCUCUUUAAGAAUUCACAUUGAAAGAGUCAUAGGAGUACUUCGUCAGAAAUAUACUAUCUUACAAAACACUGUGCCAAUAACUUUCACAGAUAUAGAGACAGAAAAUGAUGUUACUUAUCUUGAUAAAAUUGUGAGUGUAUGUUGUGGACUAACAAAUGUACCAGAUUCUGUUGUGCCCUUAGAGUGAUGAAUUUGUGUGCCAACAGAAAAUAAACCUUUUUGAUUGCUUCUCACUUGUUUGUUGUGACUACUUUUCUCACUCACUAGAUUUGAAUGAUCUAUCCAUGUUUUAUGAUCGCUACAGAUACUACUACAGACAGUCAGACACAGAAGAGAACAACAUUGGCUUAACAGUUUUUAUUAACCAAUUAAAUAUUUACAUUGCAUCAGCUAGUUCAUAUUCACACAUUGUGUAAUUAAGUAAGACUAAGUAAUUAAGGUGUUUUU